AGCAGUUCAGCCAGAGACUGAAGGUCAAUAAAGCAGCUAUUCAUCCUGAGAGCUGAGGCACAAACAAGAGCACGAUGGCCGGUGAACAACGCUUUGUAAUCAGCGCCCGCAUUAUAGGAGCCGUCCACAGGGACACACCAAAACUCAGGAUGUUCAUGAUAUCUGUGUUAUGGUCCGAUGAGACUAAAGUGAUUGUCUACAGGUCCUUCCAGGAUUUUAAGAAUUUACAUAGGCAGCUGAAAAAGAGGUUCCCUGUCAUGAACCCUUUCAAGAGAAAUGACAGAGUGAUCCCCAAAUUUAGAGGGCGGGCCAGGCUCAGCAGCCAGCAGAAAGGAUCCAAGCGAUCCGUCCAACGAAUGAAGUUGCUGGAGAGCUACUGCAACAAACUGCUGAAGUGCGAGCCGACUGUGACUCAGAGCUCAGAGGUGGCACAGUUCUUCCUGCCCAAAGACCAUGACCUGCAGCCAGACUUCACCAAGAACAGUAUCAUGAUCCUGCUGUGUGAGGAUCUGCCCGAUGGUGAAGGAGGCGGAGAUGUGACUCGCCAGCAGGCAGGAAACAUCACUCACCCGUUUGUCACCCAGACCUACCGCUGCGUGGCUGCGUACGAGACGAAGGAUACCAAGAACCGUCCGUUUAAAGUCGCUGUGGAUGAGAAGCUGGAUGUGCUGAUCAAAGACCCUGCAGGUUGGUGGCUGGUGGAGAACGAGGACAAGAUUUUGGCUUGGUUCCCUGCUCCCUACCUGGAGUUAUGGGAUGGAGAGGACGAUGAUAACGCUGGAUUCCAGCUUGCAGGUGCCCUGUACUGUGCCGUGAGGAGUUACACGGCUAAGAAGGAUGACGAGGUGUCUGUGCCCAUUGGCUCUGUGGUGGAGGUGUUGAGGAAGUCUGACAACGGCUGGUGGCUCAUCAGAUUCAAUGGCAAGGAAGGUUACAUCCCCUCCAUGAACCUGCAGCCAUACAACAACCCACGGGCAGGCCUCUACAGCCUGCAGAGAAAGCUGCACAGCUCCACUCUGAACCUGGCAACCAGCAGGGAGCCUCAGGCUUCUCGUGCACCCAGCGUCAGCGAGGAAAUCAGCCCACGGCGGGGUUCUGCAGGUCAGUCCAGAGUAGAGCCCAGUGUGCUCGGGCGUCUCCACAAGGCCCGAUCCCUGGACGUCCUCUCUGAGACUCGUUCGCAAACACAGAUGGAGAAGGACGUCUCGACCUCAGACCGGCGUGCAAGCAGCACAAGCAGCACAAGCUACAGAAGCAGCGAGACCAGCUUCUCCAGCUUCUCCUCCAGCAGUGACUUUUCCUUAAGUCCUGCAGCCUUACCCCAGCCCGGUGUCAGCGACAGUGAGGGCAGCUUCCCUGAUCUCAGCCUCUUGGACCGCCGCAGCUCCAACACUAGCUCUGAGAGCUCUGGAUCUGUCAGCCCCAAAGGCAGUGAGAAGGCCUCAGACGCUCCCACGGUGCCACCCAGACCCAAAACAGAGGAGAUCCUGACCCGCUGCACCACCAUGACCCGCAAGGCAGCUCUGGCCACCAAGACCCAGCUUCAGAUUCAGCCAGAGUCCAUCCACAGCCGCUAGUGUAGAAAAUGAACACGUUUCUGGAUCUCGGAAGAAGAAGAAGAGGCAUGUGUCAAAUUGAAGAUUUAACACAAAGAUUUAUUAAUGAAAAUGAUAAGACAAAAUAGAUAUGAAUUACGCUGCAGCGGCCCUUUAAAUAGUUGUUUUACCCUAAAGGUUCCACAUCUAUCUGCCCCGAAUCCCCGUCUGCCUCCCUGCUAUAUUCCUCUUGCCCCAGGGGCAGUUACUUUUCACCCUCGUGAGUAAAAAACAUCCUUAUUGGCUCUUCGUUGGCAUGGUGACAUGUUGGACGCAUCUCGUUGGUUUCUUCGCUGUCCAGUGAGGAAGAACAUGCUCUAGACUCUGCCCCCCUUGGGGUCAUUUUGGGCUCUGUCUUGACCUACUCUUCACAGAGACAAAGAGUGAGAAUUACAACAGCAUGAUAUGGACUUUAAACCUUAACCAUUAAAUUCAAUCAUAUUUUCCUAACCCAGCUGCAGCAUACAAUUUAAUACAAAAAAACAUAAAAAUACAUGGUUAUCAAGAAUCAGCAUUAUUUCAACUUUAUUUAACUCAACACUAGGUAAUCACAAGCCUCUGAUUUAUAAUGUAUUCAUGUAACAUACUUAAUCUGUUUGACCCCACAGGGUCUGUCAGUCAAAUGGGUUUUGUGCAGCAUUGUUCAUAUCUCUAUACCAAAUUUUUGUCAUACCAAAGAUGGGAGAGAAAGCCACCUUGACAAGAUAAAUGUAUGCUGAAUACUGUAAUAUGAUGUUUACAUAUGUCCCAUUUGAUCAAAUAGAACAGGGCAUAUUGGGUGUGAAUAUUUCACUCAGUGUAAGAAUAAUAAUAAUAAUAUUAAUAAUAAUAAGAAUGUAGCUUCAGCGAAGCGUUAGAAGAAGCGGGUACAAGAACAGAUACUUUGUUUACCUUUGAAGCCACUUGAGGGCAAAUUUACGUGGAUUUUUAAACUAAACUGUAUUUGAUGUAUCUCUCUUUACUGUUUGAUAAUAGAAAAGUCACUAAAAUAUUAUGCACCUUUUAUUUGCUUUAUCUUUCCCAGCAGUUGUGUUUACUUUUUACUAUGUUAUAUUUUAUCAUCUUAUAUACUCUACAUACACAGUUUAUCCUAAUGGAAAUUUAUGUAUAACCUCUAGCAGCACAGAUUCUGUGCUGCUAGAGGUUAUACAUAAAUUUCUAUUCUUUGACGGGUUCUGUGCCACAGAACCCGUCAAAGAAUAGACUGCAUGCCAGAGUGAAGGUUUUUUGAUUGACUUCCAAAUAGAAUAUAUUAUGGGCGUGGUUAACAAGUUGUCACCUGACAGAAAGGAAUUCCAGUUUCCAUGUUCUCAUUUAAUUAUUGCCUUCUAUUUUCUGUUUCUUAUUUAGUAUGUCUAUUGUUCUCCACUUCAUGUUCAGUAUAUGUACAGUAUGUAUUAUAACAUGGAUAACAUGAACAUGUCAAUAAAAUCUAACUUUUACCACCAAA